AUGGAUAAUUCCAGGGAAGCUCGAAGAUCAUCAUCAUCAUCAACCUCCAUGGCUGCUUCAAAUGGUGUUACGAAACGGAGACAACGAUCCUCAGAGAGUAGUCGUGGGCAGGUGCAUCAGGAGGUGAUGAGAGAUAGACCGGAGAAGAAAGAGAGAGAUCCGGAGUCAGCGAAUCGGAGUAAAAGGAGACGGAGUGAAAGGUUCGCGCGGAGAGAUGUAGAAGAAGAAGACGAAGAUAGCUCGGAGGAGAAUAUGGGAGAGGAGGAAGACGACGUCGUUAAGCAUAGUUAUCAAAGGAAGAGGUUCCCUACGGUCGCCGAUGGAAUGAUCGGCGUUACUGUCCCAAGAAAGGCUCGUUCAGCAUGUAUAAAGAGGUCGCAUGAGUGCCGGACUUCUUCGGGAAGCGGCGGUGGUGGAGGACCUCCGACUUCUCCGGGCUUGGAAGUUGUCUCACCGUCUUCCACCAAGCUGAAGAAGAAGGUGAAUGUAAACGGAUCUAAAUCGGGGAUACCGAAGCCACCGAAAUCCUCUGGUACGAUGGAGGACGAUUUGGAGAUUGAAAUAGCGGAGGUCUUAUCCGGACUUAAGCAACAACAUCCUCACCGCUCAAAGAUACAAAGCGAUUCGGAAUCGGAGAAUCUCUUUAUAUCGUCGGAGGUUAAAGUUGCGAACAAGAAUUUGGAGACGGAAGGUGCCGAUGGUUCGGACAUUGAUAAAUCCACCAACGGAACAUCGUCUCCAGUCUCCGAUUUUCACAAGGAGAAAGAAGUCAGGCAAGAAACACCCACCGUAUUGGAUUCUGCCGCGUCAAAAGGGGUAUUGGAGGUUCCACGGUUGGAAAACAAUGGAGACGAGAGUAUUUGUACUAGUAAGCUCGAGAUUGAUCUCAUGGUUCCUCCAUCAGCAGUUCCUUCCUCACCAAAAAACCCUUCUUUUCUUCCCUCCACAUCUGAUUCUGUUGCUCCUAAAGAUUGUUGCAAGGCAAGUCAAGAUAGUUCCGUCAAGAGCAAAGAGAUGAUUGUUGUCGAGAAACGUGAAUGCUUGAAUCUUGAUAUAGAGAGACUGAGCCAAGAGACCGGCAGAUAUUCUAACCUUAGAUUAGAUUCGACCCAACCUCAGCAGGCUAAAUCUGCUCAGCAGAGUUCAGUCUUACCUUCUACUGUAGCUGUACGAGGCUGGCCUAGCGGGAUUCCUCAUCAGGGAUAUGUACCCCUGAUCCAGAACUGUAAAUCUGUGGAUGGUGGAUCUUAUACAUAUGUGCAGGGUGCUUCGAUUUCUGCUUCUCAGCCUAGGCCUAAAAGGUGCGCCACACACGUUUUCAUUGCCCGGAACAUUCAGCAACAUCAGCACUUUGUCAAAGCAAACCAUCUUCCUCAGCCAAACAAAGAUUCUGUUUAUCUGAAAGGUGGUGACUUGAGGCCAACCGCCGGAAACCCAUCCUUGGUAGGAAGCCCUCCUAUUCUCAGCUUGAACUCACAGGCACAAGAUAGAUUCACAGUUAAUGUUUCUCCGCCUAAGGAUAGAGCCUCUGAAAGUGGUCAUUCAUCAACCAGACAGAAAAAACCUCAACUACCCCCUGCAUCUAGUAGUAUAGUGCCUGCUCAAGCUUUCAUCUUCCCAACAAACCACCAUUUGCAACCGGUCAUUUUACCUUCGAAGUCAUCUCGUCCAACAAACAAUAAUCCAUGUGUGGCUGUUGGUACAUCAUCUGUUGAUUUUAACCACCCAAGUUCAUCAGCCUGCGAAGCUUCUUCUCCGUACUUUACAGUUCUCCCAAACAAUGCAUAUUCCUUUCAACUGUCUUCAACCGUCAGAGAUGGGAGUCAGAGCCAAACGUUACCUUUCUUCAAUGGGUCCUUUUAUUCGCCGCAAAUGUUCCAACCUCCCGAGCUUCUGCAGAAACAAAGUAAAGGCCAAUGGGAGACAAAGACAACGAGCUGUUCCUCAGUAUCCCAUAGGCAACUGCAACCGCAAGAUCGUGUGAAUAGCGUUUCAAGCCAAGCUAAUGUUCAGAAACACCGUCAACAAUCUCAAAAGUCCGAGGCCAAAUCCGCUGGAGAUAACGCAGAUUCAAGGGGUAGCCACACUCAUAAAGGAGGGCCAUAUGGCCAGAUCAUUACUGCUCCUAUGCAGCCACAAAACUUUUCCAUGUCAUUUGCCUCUCUCGCUGGUGGUUCUGCCCCUGCAAAUCUGAAUUUCUCUACCAAUGGCUACCAGUUCGUAUCUGCAGCUCCCGUUGUUCACCAUAAAAACCAUAAGGCAAGUGACUCGAAGACGGGAGUUGGAAGCUCUACAAGUCAUGCCGAGGAUCCGAAAAAGACUCUGACCGGGAGGACUCCAGCGAUGAAAGGACAGACGCUGGUUUUUGACAAUCCACCGAGAACCCUCAACUUUGUUUCUGGUACUUGGCCUCCUCCUGCAGCAACAACAAUAAAUGGAGAUCCUUCAGUGUUUACCCAUCAUCUUACGCAGAGGCAGCAGCAAUCUGGUCGGAGUAAAACGAUGGCUCAUUCUCAGGCUGACUCUGUUACCGCCAAGUCAUCCCAGUGGAAAAACCCUGCAGCCUCAUCACUCACGUCGUGCAAUUCCUUAAACCUCACGCAGUUCCAGCCUCAGCAGCAGAUAAGAACACACGGACAGACUCAGAUUUCUUUUGCAGCACCAUCAAAGUCGCAACAUGGAAGAACUAGUGGUGGCUCUUCUUCUGCAGUGACAGGGUCUGCUCCACAUGGAAAAGCAGCAAGCCCUAAGGUCAGCAACAACAAAGCCUUGCCGUUAUCACCUGUUCCUUCUUCAGCUGCACACGCAAAAGACCAGGCAGAGAAUUCAGCUUCUGGCUCGACCCAAAAGAAAUCUCCAGUUUGUGGGAGGAACGUGCCACCGAUCAUAACUUCGUGCCCUGGUCACCUUUCUGAGCUAAAGUACUAG